AUGGCCAGAACUAAACAAACAGCUAGAAAGUCCACGGGUGGUAAAGCCCCAAGGAAACAAUUAGCCUCCAAGGCUGCCAGAAAAUCCGCCCCAUCUACCGGUGGUGUUAAGAAGCCUCAUAGAUAUAAGCCAGGUACUGUGGCAUUGAGAGAAAUCAGAAGAUUUCAAAAGUCUACGGAACUUUUGAUCAGAAAGUUGCCUUUCCAAAGAUUGGUCAGAGAAAUCGCUCAGGACUUCAAGACUGACUUGAGAUUCCAGUCUUCAGCUAUUGGUGCCCUACAAGAAUCUGUCGAAGCCUACCUGGUCUCUUUGUUUGAAGACACUAACUUGGCUGCUAUUCACGCUAAACGUGUCACUAUCCAAAAGAAGGACAUCAAAUUGGCCAGAAGAUUAAGAGGUGAAAGGUCAUGA